UCCAAUCACUUCCAUUUUCAGGUUCUGACGGAAGAAAAAAAGAAAGCGGCGAAUGCCAAUGGCGAAAAACGAUGAUGAACCCGAGCUUCACAGCUCCGGCAAGAGGCUUAAAUGCUCUAAGCACGAUGAUGAACAAUACCAUCUUGGUAAUGAAGAAGAAGAAGAGGAACAGGUGACUGAACUUCCAUUGAAGCCCGGGCUUUUCUUCUACCCAAUGGCACCAACUUCCUUCGUCGUCUCCGAUGCUCUUGAGCCCGAUUUCCCAAUCAUCUACGUCAACAAAGUCUUCGAGAUCUUCACUGGGUACCGUGCCGAUGAGGUCCUCGGCCAGAAUUGUCGGUUCUUACAAUAUAGAGAUCCUCGUGCACAAAGGCGCCACCCUUUGGUUGAUCCAGUGGUUGUUUCUGAAAUCAGAAGAUGUCUUGAGGAAGGUGUUGAAUUCCAAGGUGAGCUCCUCAAUUUCAGAAAGGAUGGCACUCCUAUGGUGAACAGGUUACGGCUUGCACCCAUUCAUGAUGAUGAUGGGACAGUAACACACAUUAUAGGAAUUCAAGUGUUUUCGGAGACAAAGAUAGACCUUAAUCGGUUGUCAUAUCCUGUCUUCAAAGAAAAUUGUGCCAUUAAAUAUGAUCUAUCAGGCAAAAGUGCUCAUCUGAUUGAUCAAUCACCAUUUGGUCACCAUAAAGAAAUAUGUGGGAUACUGCAGCUUUCAGAUGAAGUCUUGGCCCAUAACAUUUUAUCACGCUUGACACCUCGAGAUGUUGCGUCUGUUGGAUCAGUAUGCCGAAGGAUACGUCAAUUGACGAAGAAUGAGCAUUUAAGGAAGAUGGUAUGUCAGAAUGCAUGGGGAAGAGAAGUGACUGGAACAUUGGAACAAAUGACAAAGAAACUCGGUUGGGGGCGCUUGGCCAGGGAACUUACAACUCUUGAAGCGGUUUGUUGGAGAAAAAUGACAGUUGGAGGAGCUGUGGAGCCCUUACGUUGCAACUUUAGUGCUUGUGCAGCAGGUAAUCGACUAGUAUUAUUCGGUGGGGAAGGAGUCAAUAUGCAGCCUAUGGAUGAUACCUUUGUUCUCAAUCUUGAUGCUGCCAAUCCCGAGUGGCGCAGAGUAAGUGUGAAAUCCUCCCCACCUGGACGCUGGGGCCACACUCUAUCAUGUUUGAAUGGUUCUUGGCUAGUGGUUUUUGGGGGAUGUGGCAGUCAAGGAUUGCUCAAUGACGUGUUUGUACUCGAUUUGGAUGCCCAACAACCAACAUGGAAGGAAAUCUCUGGUGGAGCUCCUCCAUUGCCUAGAUCCUGGCACAGCUCCUGUAUGAUUGAAGGGUCGAAACUGGUAGUCUCAGGUGGAUGCACAGAUGCUGGUGUGCUUCUCAGUGACACAUACUUGUUGGAUCUAACAACAGACAAGCCAACAUGGAGAGAGAUUCCCACAUCUGGGACACCCCCAUCUAGACUGGGACAUUCUCUUUCAGUUUAUGGUCGGACAAAGAUUCUAAUGUUUGGUGGACUUGCUAAGAGCGGACACUUACGCUUACGAUCAGGCGAGGCAUACACCAUAGAUUUAGAAGAGGAAGAACCCCAGUGGAGGCAACUCGAGUGCAGUGCAUUCACCGGCAUUGGCGGUCAGAGUGCUGUGGUUCCUCCACCAAGACUCGAUCAUGUAGCUGUCAGCAUGCCCUGUGGAAGAAUUAUCAUUUUUGGAGGCUCCAUUGCCGGGUUACAUUCACCUUCUCAGCUAUUCCUUCUCGAUCCCGCCGAGGAGAAACCGUCAUGGAGAAUUCUCAACGUUCCUGGACAACCACCUAAAUUUGCUUGGGGCCAUAGUACUUGUGUCGUUGGAGGGACACGGGUUUUGGUAUUAGGCGGCCACACCGGAGAAGAAUGGAUACUCAAUGAAUUGCAUGAACUCUGUUUAGCUAGCAGACAAGAUUCAGAUCUUUGAUUCUAUUUUAAUGUGGCAGCAAACACUCCAAAGGAAAAGUUGCUUCAAAGGAACCAAUUGAGACUCCUCAUAUUUUAUAGCACUGUAAGAACAAAAAUUUCCCACUCCUUUAGCUGUAUUAUGAUUUUGUUUUCUGUAUUUCUUUUUUCCUUCUUUUUGGUUUGUGUUUAAAUUUUGGUCUUCUGUAUAUAUUUAUAAAAAUAUAAUAUAGGUUGUGUUUUUUUUACUCCCACUUUUUCUUACCUUUUUGGUUCUGUAUUUUAUCUCUAAGUGGCCAUGAUUUUACUUUGUAUUGAGAAGCACUUCUGUGUAAAUGUAGAUGCUUGCUCUUUCUUUGGGUGUUUUAAGUUUUUGACAAACUGGACCUGGACCUCCAUUUUUGUUGGAUAUGUAUUUACUUAGGAAAUGCCAA